GUUGCAUCUCGUGCAGAAAUAUGUAACAAACGCGGCGAUGUCUGUCUGCUAGAGAAGAGAUCUUUUUAUUUCAAAAGAUAUUUUACAACCGGCAUCAUAUCAUUAUUUGGUCGUAAUCAAGACCAAACUACAACAGUUAGUGUCUCAGCAAACCGGAAGUGCAAGGCUUUUGUGUCCAACAAAAGGCUGUGGAAUCGAAGAAGGCGGAAGUUCUCAAUCGCGUGGCAUGCAACCAUUUUACCGAAAUGGCAACGAGGGAAAGAGACGUAGUAGAGAGCGUGAGUUCAUUUUUCGAUUUUCUAAAAAGCAAUCCAUCACCUCGUCUCCAAUAAAUUGAAGAAAAGCUAACGUGUAUUGUUAAUUUGAGGCUGAACGAAGAAAGAGAAGAGCUAGAGUGGCCGGAUGACGGGGAAUUACUGGAUAUGGCCGGCCUUCAUUUAGACCACGAGGUCGACGAGGGUCGGCCAUGUCCAGGCGAUGCUCAACCAGUCCAAGAGCAAGCGCAGCCAGCGGCCCCCACCAAAGAAGAGGCGGCUGAACCAAACAGCAGCGCUAUCGUAACCCCUGCCGCGGGAGCAGCAGUGGAAAAGCAGACCUCGAAGGGCACGCGGGGCGGCCAGGGCGGUUGGUGGUCGCAGUCCCGCCAACGGGAGGCCCUGGCCACCCGAAUGAUUCUAAACCACGUCAAACCGAGCCAUCCCUACAAGGGUGGCAGGGGCAACGAUCAGAGAAGGGGGUCGUGGUGGUGGCCGCGGGGGGCGGGAUGGCAAGCAAAACGAUAA